GAUACUUCUUCCUCCCUACCUGCCAGAGCGGGACGGGCUAAUCCUGGAUAAUCUGGACGCCUGGUUCAGGGGGGGCAAAAUGGCAGCCUCUACUUCAUCAUCAUCAGCUGGUGGAGUGAGUGGGAGCUCUGUUACUGGAUCUGGAUUUAGUGUGUCAGAUCUUGCCACACCACAGAAAGCCCUCUUUACAUAUCCUAAAGGAGCUGGGGAAAUGUUAGAAGAUGGGUCAGAACGAUUCCUUUGUGAAUCUGUUUUCAGCUAUCAAGUUGCAUCCACACUGAAACAGGUGAAACAUGACCAGCAAGUUGCUCGAAUGGAAAAACUCGCUGGCUUAGUGGAAGAACUGGAGGCAGAUGAAUGGAGAUAUAAACCCAUUGAACAGCUUUUGGGGUUCACACCUUCCUUAGGUUGAAAUAUAGCAAUUUGCUGAUGUGGAAAGAUCAAGGACUAGUAUAGCUCCAUUUUAAAACUUUCAGUGAUUUCGUUCUGCAUUUUCCCACAACACUGAU